AUGGAUGGACAAGUUAAUUAAAUACCUGCCGAUUUCUGCACUUUGACAAUGGGUAUUCCUAUUAUUGUUAAUUUUAAGGCCCAAAGGACUUUCACUUGGAUUUUCUCAUUGGAUGUUUCCUAAUAUUUCUUUCCUAGAAAAUAUGACUGGCGAGGAAUUAGUUCAAGUUUUCGGAAGCUCAAAGGAGUUCGUGGAAACAGCCGCUGAUGCUUUGAAAGAACAACCUGCAGAUCAUGCACAGGGUAUUAGGAAAUCCAUUGAAGCUGCUUACCAAGUUGCCGGCUGUAGAUACGAGUAUGGUUCUAGCUGGGGUUCCAAGGCGGGUUGGAUAUACGGAUCCACAUCAGAAGAUAUCCAAACUGGGUUGAGCAUCCAUGCAAGAGGUUGGAAAUCAGUAAUUUAUUUUCCGGAUCCACCGGCCUUUCUAGGAUGUGCUCCUACUAGUGGGCCAGAUUCUUUGACCCAACAGAAAAGGUGGGCCACAGGCCUACAUGAAAUCCUAAUCAGCAAAAACUGCCCGAUAAUUCAUACUCUUUUUGGUAAUCUCCAAUUCAGACAGUGUUUGGCUUACUUGUAUCUCCUGUGCUGGGGCUUCUGCUCGAUUCCUGAACUCUGCUAUGCUAUUCUACCCGCGUAUUGUCUUAUCACAAACUCUAAUUUUCUGCCCAAGGUGAGCAUAGUCCUUUACUUUUAUUUACUUAUUAUUAUAUUUUAUAGGAAUGAAUAAUUCGAAGAAUCAUUAUUCGAAGCAAUAUAAUUACUUAUUCCGGAGUAACUAGCGCAACCUAUUACUUCAAGCGCUUUUUCUUUUUCUAUUUUUCUAUUUUUUUUAAAUAUGGUUGACCCUAAACAUCAUAUUUAUUACAACUAUUGAAUAAAAAAUAUUAUUUAGUUUAUUACUAAUAGAAAUCUAUGUUGAUGUGACAUUUCUUAAUUAGC